AUGGCAAAAUUAGCAGCCUCAUGUAUUGUGAAUCUUGUACUGAGAGUCUUCGUUUUUGUUCUCCUACUUAUAUCCCUCAUUCUUAUUUGUACCAAUACAACCACAGCAAAAGGAACCGAUGUUUUUGCUGAACAGGAUUUCAGAUUUCAGGAUGUUAUUGCUUACCGAUACAUGCUUUCUUCAAUCGUCAUUGGCACUGCAUUUGUCCUCUUGCAACUUGCAUUCACAAUCUACAAUGUCAUUGCCAAAAGCGAAGGCAACCUUUUAUUUGACUUCUACGGUGACAAGAUUAUGUCGUACGUAUUAGCCACAGGUGCGGCUUCAGGAUUUGGAGUUACCAACGAUAUGCAGAUGUUGUUCAAUAAGUUAAAUAUUUUUUUGGGAGACGAUUUCUACGCCAAGUCGUAUGCAUCAGCCAGCCUCCUUUUGCUUGCAACAGUUUGUACAGCCGUAUUAUCUGUGUUUUCUUCUUAUGCUCUAAUUCCCAAGACAGUUUAA